AUGCAUGUAUGUACCUGCAGUCCCACAACCUCACCACCACCCCCCUCCUCCCUUCAUCCCUUCCUCCCUACUUCCCAUCCGUCCCUUCUUUCCCUCCACCUCCAUCUCUCCCUUUCCCCUUUCCCUUCUCGUCUCCCCCCACCGCCCCACCCCGCAGGCUUCCCACAGCUGCGAGUGGUGGCAGUGAGCGCCAACAAGGUGAUCGGUGUCAUGGGCAACGCACGCGGCGCCAUCAGCACAGCAGGCUUCGCGCUCUCACGCCUGGGCGCAGCCCUCCCCGCGCGCCAGGCCAUAGUCCUCGCGCUCAGCCAGUCGGGGCAGACCUUCCCCACGCUGCACGCCACGCGCAUCCUCGCCAAGCACUGCCCCGGCCGAGUCUUCGUCUGCACCGGCAUGCUCGACUGCAAAAUGGCCACGGCUGUGGGUCUGUCUCUUGCCGCUGCUUCUGCUGCGGGCAGCGAUGGCGCGUGGUGCGCGCGUGUGUUGCACACGCAUGCAGGGUGGCGGUCUGCUGAGCCGGCAACGGUGUCAGCAGUGGCGUGCCAUGCGACCCUCACAGAGCUGUUACUGCAUGCUGCACGCACUCUCAGAAGCAACGCGGAUUCCGCCAAGCUUGCCACUGAGCUCGGCGCACAGACCGCCACCGGCGUGGGCGCAGGCGGGGGCGCAGGGGGAACCGCGGGCGGCGGGGGAGGCGCGGGAGGGGGGAGUGAUGGGGUGGCGCGGCGGUGGGUGGAGCGGCCGCUGGGGCUGCGGUUGAGCGGGGGGGAUGUGGCGGACUUGGAGCGCAUGCGCGAUGCCGUGGUGAUGAAGAGCGCUCCUGACAUUGUUGGGUGGACGCCAAGAGGGGGGGAUGGUGGGUGCAGGGGGGGAUGGUGGGCGCAGGGGGGGAUGGUGGGCGCAGGGGGGGAUGGUGGGCGCAGGGGGUCAUGGCGCCAACGACAUGCGCCAUCAUCUCCCUUCACAUCUACCCCCGAGGACGCACAUAACCUAGCUUCAACAUCCCUUCCCCGCUCCUCGCUCCCCCCGUCCGUCGCCCCUCGGGUAGUGGGCGCUGCACGUGUUGGAGACGCCCAUGGCAUGGGCCAUCAGCUCGCUCUACAUCAACCCAAGCACGCACCUAACCUAGCUACAACCACCCUUUCCCCCCUCCCCCCCACACCUCUCGUUCUCCCCCCGCAGUGGGCGCUGCACGUGUUGGAGACGCCCAUGGCAUGGGCCAUCAGCUCGCUCUACAUCUUCAUAGCUGUGGUGCACCACAGCAGCAAACGCGCUACUCUACACACCGCGCGCAUUGGACGCCCUCCUCUUCUGCUUCUUCCCGCUCCUCGUCUCUCUGCCUCUGAACUCCCACCCUUCCCUCCAAUCUCCCCUCCUUCCCCAGGCACCACAGCAGCAGACGCGCUACUCUACACAGCGCGCGCACUCGACGCCCUCCUCUUCUGCUUCCUCCCGCUCAUCAUCGCCCUCCCUCUCCGCAUCCUCACCGGCCGCGACCUCCUAGCCCGCCUCGGCAAGCGCACAGUUGUCAUAGCAGACGUGCCGUGGGUGCACCAGUCCCUCGAAGUCUACGUAUCCAAGCUCUUCGCUCUCAGCUACUGGGUGGCUGGGCUGGACGUGCACGGAGCGAGCCCCAUAGAUCACCUCGUGCAUCGGUUUACGCACAGAGUGUGCCGCGGCACGCUGCUGGCGUUUGGGCGCCCGGAUGGGAGGUUGUGCUCGCAGUCGCGGUGUGAGAGCUGGGUGCUCAUGGCGCUGCUGCAGGCGCGGACCAUCGUCAGCCUGGGGUGCGGUGCUGAGGUCAUCACUGUUGGGCACAACCCGUACCACGCGCGGUCGCUGGUGAAGCGGCACGUGGUGCUGCCGUCCAACCGCCCCAAGUUCCUGUGCGAGAAGCUGCUGGGCGUCGACGACCUUGAGCCCAUGAAACGCAUGGCAACGAGGGAGCACGUAGUCUCCACAACAACCGGCAAGAACCCCUUUGAGACACUUGACUCUCAGGUGGUGGGGCUGCAUCUGUGCGACGAGGGCACGGUGCAGAAAGCCAGAAAGCUCGGGCUGUCCAUGCUAGCGCACGGCAUGAGGGACAUCAGCACAGCGGACGCGGAGGACCCGGGGAACCGAGAGGCCAUUCUGAGUGCGCUGGGCGGGGACGUGAACAACCUGCUGCACUCGCAGGCGCCCAUCGAGGACAUCUGUGAAAACCGCUUCCUCUCCCUCGAACGCCUCAUCGCCUUCCACCUGUGCUGCCCUUCCCCUCCCUCGGUUUCCGCUUUAUUUUCACUCGUUCCUGUGACCUUCCCUGCUGCAUGUCAACUCACCUCACAACUAGCAUGCAUCCUGGCGUUGUCUGCCCGUCCAUUUCAUCACCUUUCUUCUCUCGAGUUAACUGUUUCUCUCCCUCACCCCUCUGUGCACGUGUUUCAAAGAGCUCUCAAACCACCUUCCUUCCAUCGCAUGGCAUCGGUAGUGGCAUCUCUGCCACCGCUGCGCUUCAACAUCGCACAGUCGCAGUCACAUUCCCACUCGCACCCUCACCUCAUGUCUGCUGCCCUGCACCCUGCCUCUGUGCCCCACCCUCCCCUGCUCGCUCCCACCCACACACCUGAACCAUAUAGCCACUCUGCUGCCAACAACGCCAACACCACCCCAGCGCACACACAGCAGCACACCCCCUCCAGUGCACAGAGCAGUCACACAGAGCACCGUGUGGGGGGGUCAUACCAUGGUGGCGGCGGGGGUGGGGGGUCCAUGCGGGGCGGGUCGCACCAUGGCUCGUCCCACCACGGAGGCUUUUUCCGCUCCAUCCUGCCUCUCAGGUCCCCCUCCGCUGCCUCUGCCAGCGGUGGCUUUGGCCGCAGCGGCAGCGGCGGCGGCGGCGGCGGCGGUGGCGGCAAGCUUGUCACACAGAGCUCUGGCACUGGAGGCGCUGCUGCUGAGAGCCCACGGCAACCCAUUGUUGAAGGUUCUGGUGCUGGUGCUGGUGGUGUUGAGGGGUCGCAUGGCAGUGCGUCAGGGCGGGGAGGGCGGGUGAGCUUUGACGUGGGAUCAGAGCAAAGUGCAGACGCCCGCAUGAGGCGCCUGAGCGUGGACGUCACUCCAGGCAGCUCCCUGCGCGGAGGCAUGGCGGGCGGGGUGACGUUCGGGCCCUGGCCUGCAGGUAUGGGCAGCAGCGCUAGUACUGCCAUGCCACCGAGUGGUUCGGUAGGCAGUGUGGCACGAAGCAGAGCGGUGAUAGGAGUAGAUGUGUUUGAUAGUGGUGCUGAGGGGGGUGCUGCGCGCUUGGGGGUGUCUCCUGGGGCUCUGCCUAAGGUGGAAGAGGCAGGGGGGCUGUCGCUGCGGGAAGAGAAGGAAGGUGAAGGUUCAGGGAACAGCCAGGCAGGUGAGGGUGAGGAGGGGGAUGGUGUGUUGACAGAAGCAGUGCGCGGUGGGGAGAGGAAGGUGAAGGGAGGAGGGGAGAUUCUUCGGCUGUUGAAGGAGACUGAUGGUGGGGAGGAUGUUGGUUUGGUGGCGAAUCAAUUAGAUUACUAG